GCGGGGGCGGGGCUUGCGCUCACUUCCGCCCGGCGCGGGCUUGGAUGGAGGCGGCGCGGAGGCCGCGGCUGGGGUUGAGCCGCCGGAGGCCGCCCGCGGCGGGCGGGCCUUCUGGCGGCCGCCCCUGGUUUCUCCUGGGGGGUGAGGAGCGGGAGCGGCUCUGGGCCGAGCUACUGCGCACGGUGAGCCCGGAGCUGAUCCUGGAUCACGAGGUGCCUUCACUGCCCGCCUUCCCAGGACAGGAGCCCAGGUGCGGCCCGGAGCCCACUGAAGUCUUCACUGUCGGAACCAAGACCUUUUCCUGGACACCCUUUCCGCCGGACCUGUGGGGCCCGGGCCGUUCCUACCGGCUGCUUCACGGGGCAGGAGGGCACCUGGAAUCCCCCGCCAGGUCCCUGCCCCAGCGCCCGGCACCUGAUCCCUGCAGGGCCCCCAGGGUGGAGCAGCAGCCGUCUGUGGAGGGUGCCGCGGCCCUGCGCAGCUGCCCCAUGUGCCAGAAGGAGUUCGCCCCCAGGCACUUCAACUCCCGCCCCCACCUGUGUCCUGCUGGCUCCUAAGCUGCCCCCCACGUGUGGGUUGCGUCUGAGAUGUGGGGCAGGCGCCACUCACGGAAAAAAGGCAUCAGAGGAGCUUCCACAUCAUCGGAACAUUUUAUUCCUCAGGACGCUACACGCUCACUUUCCUGGCGGAGCAGGUCAGUGCAUCGAGUUCUGUUUCCGUGGAAAAUGUGCACCUUGGAAACCGCAUGACAGCCCCCUCGGCAGGGUCCCCGCGGAUCCGCCGCGACGCAGGCACAGCAGCAAGUUCCUCCAGCACGAAGCUGGCCUGCCCGGGCCCAGGUGUGAGGGACUGUUCUGCUCCCAGCAGCGCCCGCUGACGCUUCCCUCUGCGGUCUCGGCGCAAGCGUCUGUCCCUGGCCGCCCUCGGAGCCGUGCCCAGCCUGGCAUGCAUAUGCGGUGGUUAAGGAUACAGUUAAAGGGUCAAUCACGCGUGUCCACGACAGAGACGCACGCGGCCUCACACCGACUCCUCGGUGGACAGCAAUAAUGGGUUGAUAUACUCGAAGCCUUCGAACUCUGACUGGUCGAUCCUCUUUAUGGCAUCCCUGUGGGCACAGGUGGCAGGGGGUGGGGGGUGACUGUGUGUUCAUUCCCUUGGGGGAAGCGGAGUUACGUUCGCAUAAGAAUCCUCCCCCAACGCCCACUGGAGAGAUGACACCAGGCGGGUGGGACUCAAGGGCAGGCCGGGUCACCAGCUGCCCAAGGUGCCGGCCUGCCAUGGGGCUGCCCGAGGGGUGCUCCAGGGACCCGCACCCAGUGGGACUCACUCAUCGUCUGGGGUCAGCUGCACGGGCUCGCUGGUGAACUGUGUGUCAAAGUUGUCCAGACCGUAGUCGUCCGUGAUCUGUGGCUGGAAUGGAGGGAGCGCCUGCUUCUUCUCCAGCUUGGAAAAACAAUAGGAGAAGGGUCAGCUCCGCGCGGGCAUCAUCCCUACCAGAUUGAGUGUUUUGCAUGCACUUCAAUCACAAAAUGAAACAGUAAGAAACUCAGCA